AUAAUAGCUUGUGAACGUCUCACCGUGUAUAUAAAGCCUUAGUCGGUCACGACUGAAUCACCAGUUCAUCUACAACUGUCUCGAGCAACUCACAUCUCCAACAUGAAGUUCAUCAUCUUCGCUGCUCUCUUCGCCGUCGCUGCUGCCAGCUCCUACAAGGCCGCUGAGUACGCUCCUAAAUACGAGGCUCCCAAAUACGAAGAAGUCACUUACGCUCCCCAGCCCUACAGCUUCGGAUAUGACGUCCAGGAUAAGGAAUCUUACAACGACUUUGAGCACAACGAGAAAUCCGACUACAACGUCGUCACCGGAUCUUACCGCGUCGCUCUCCCCGAUGGCCGCACCCAGAUCGUCAACUACAAGGCCGAUAAGGACGGAUACACCGCCGAUGUCAAGUUCGAAGGAGAGGCCAAAUACCCCGAGGAGCCCGCAUACAAGCCCGCUUACUCUGCCCCAGCCUACUCUGCCCCAGCUUACCCCGCUCCCGCUUACCCCGCACCAGCCUACAAGGCCCCCGCCUACCCCAAAUACUAAUUCCUCCAAUCCUCCCUAUUGCCUUAUUUAUUGAGCUAAAUGAAAUGAAUGAAGAUCGUGGUUCAAAGAUAUUUAUCAACGGCAACGUCAUGACCGUUUGAUUUAUUUAAAAAAUACAAUAAGUUGGCAAAA